CCCAGAUUUUCACUUUCUCCCUGUCGCUGUGUCAAUGAAGAGAAGGAGCAGAGCAGAAGCAGAGCAGACUCAUUUGCCCGUACAUUCCGGACCGUUCGAAUGAAGAAGCUCGGACUCCAACCAUCCCGUAUCGCCGUCGCGCUUGCCUUCGUCGUGGUUGCUCUUACGUCUCCUUCACUGCGCUGGGCGGUCCAUGCCCUUGGCUCCGCUGCAACAGCCGCCGCUGUCUCCGGCACCGGCACUGUCUGCGGGAUCGUGGCCGGUCAGAGAACCCAGGGGAUCCAAUGCUUCCACAGCAACCGGACUUUAUGGGUCCGACCCAGCAACGCUUCAUUCGAGUCCGUUGCUGGUGGCGAUAACCUCUUCUGCGGGCUCCGGUCGGGCGGCUUCAGCCUCCUCUGCUGGGACACGCUCUCAGGGUUUCUACCCAGACGGCUCUAUUACAGCAAAACUGUCCGGCUGACUGCUCUGACGGUCGGAGAUGACCAGGUCUGUGCUGUGGAGGUCAACGCCGGCAUCGCCAGGUGCUGGAGGGGGCAGAGGGGCAAGUCUCUGUUCCCAGCGCCGGAGGCCGGGUGGAAGUUCCGCACGCUUACAUCCGGGAGCGGCUUCACCUGCGGGAUUCUCGAGAGCAACAGCAGAGUCUUAUGUUGGGGGAGGGACCCCAUCGGAGCCCUAAUCCAAUCCCAGUUUGGGAAUUCCUCAAUGUGGAGCCUCGUCGCGGGAGAAUCCCAUGCUUGCGGAAUUUCUGUUGCUGGAAUCUUGAUCUGUCAGGGAAACAACGAUCAUGGCCAACUGGACGUCCCCUUCAGCUCGGCAUUUGAGUUUUCUGAACUAGCCUUGGGUGCCAAAUUCAGCUGCGCAAUGAGGCGGAGGAAUGGCCUCGCGGUGUGCUGGGGAGGAGAGACCGGCCGCUUCGAGUAUGAUUACAAUGUGGUGGAAGGAUUGUCGUUUGAGGCAAUAUUCGCAGGAUUGGACUUCGUGUGUGGGUUGGUCACCGGGAAUCUAACAGUAACCUGCUGGGGCCCAGGCUGGUACAACCGGCUCGGUCUGCUAAACAAUCUUCCCCUGGGGAUGAUAAUCCCGGGGCCCUGCUUGCACGAUCCAUGUAGUAGAUGUGGCCCCUUUCCGAAUUCAAAUGCAUUAUGCGGUGGUUCCGGGAACAUUUGCCGGUCUUGUCAGGUUGGACUCCCAUUUGCUGUGCCGCUCCCACCGGCAUUUCCAUCACCGUCAAUUCCGUCAUCGCCAUCAAAUGACUCGGAGACUGUCUCUUCAAAGAGAACCUUAAGCCGGCUCUCCAUUGGAUUCGUGAUCGUAGGUUCUGUUGGAGUCUUAGCGGGCACCUGCACUAUUGUCUAUUGCUUCUGGUGCGGAGUUUGUGGGCUUUGUAGGAAGAAAAGUGACUGCUCCGAGCAAAACCCAAACCCGGAGGCUCAUCUCGAAUCUAGGGUCCAUACCGGUUCCAAUAUCGGGAUCUUGAGAUUGGUUUCUGAGAGGAGCUACUGGAGCGGAUCGUCUUCUUUGAAACAUGUUGAGAGGACAGAGAAUUUCCCGCUAGAGGAGCUUGCAAUUGCCACGAACCGCUUCUCGCACGAAAACAUGGUCGGAAGGGGCAGCUUCGGGAUUGUGUACAAGGGGAAGCUUCCGGACGGUCGGGAAGUGGCCAUAAAGAGGGGGGAAACUGGCGCGAGGAUGAAGAAAUUCCAGGAGAAAGAAACUGCUUUCGGUUCAGAACUGGCAUUGCUAACACGGCUCCAUCACAAGCAUUUGGUCGGCUUGGUCGGAUAUUGCCAAGAAGACGAUGAGAGGCUGUUGGUCUACGAGUACAUGAGGAAUGGAGCUCUCCAUGAUCACUUGCACGGCAAGGACAAUGUUGAGAGGAGUAGUAGCGUUAUGAAUUCUUGGAAGAUGAGGGUCAGAGUUGCCUUAGAUGCGGCGAGGGGAAUCGAAUACCUCCACAGCUAUGCGGUCCCACCGAUAAUUCAUCGGGACAUCAAGUCCUCGAACAUUCUCCUAGACACGAACUGGACCGCCAGGGUUUCCGACUUUGGACUGUCCCUGAUGGGUCCAGAGGCCGGUCAAGAGUACACAUCAAGUAGAGCAGUGGGCACGGUUGGGUACAUAGAUCCGGAGUACUACGUGAUGAACGUCCUGACCACAAAGAGCGACGUCUACGGGCUAGGAGUGGUGCUGCUAGAACUACUGACAGGAAGGAGAGCGGUUUUUAAGGAGGAAGACGGGAUGGCCCCGAUAGGGGUGGUGGAGUACGCAGUUCCGGCAGUACUGGCUGGGGAGCUGAGGACGGUGUUGGACCGAAGGGUCGGGCAGCUGCCCCCACGGGGGACGGAAGAGGCCAGGGCGGUGGAGCUCGUGGUCAAUGUUGCCGUGAGGUGCGUGAAUUUGGAGGGCAAGGAUAGGCCUACCGUGGGUGAGGUUGUGGCUGAGCUGGAGAGGGCGCUCGCUUUCAUUUGGGAGGAUAACAGUCAUGGAAGCUUAUCAAAUUCAACCUAUUCCAUUUCUUCCGAAUGAUUACUUUUUUUUCCCCCCCCCCCCCCCCCAAUUUUGGUUAUUUAUUCACAUUUACGAAACGGAAAUUCAUAAAAUUCUUUCAAUUUAUUUUCGCAACUCUGACUAUGUUUAGUCGAUUCACGUAGAAUUCACGAAAAAGCCUCCCUAGACACUCAUUACUACAAUAUAUCGUUCCAUCGUCAUGUUGUAGCUAAUGGUCCAACUGAAAAAGACCGAGGCAAUUGAUUCUGGACGGGGAUUCAAAGAUUAUGGGCAGGACGGGGAAAUCAAUGAGAUAAUUAAGAGCAGCAAAAAAUAUAAUAGUAC